AUGUCAAAUACCGGGAUUGUCUUGGCGCUGGUGGUAUGUGCUCAGGCGUCGCGGAUGGUCGAGCUGAGCAUCCAAGGGACAAGGAAGAAAGCCUGGUCUAUAUACACUAGCUCCUGGAAUCGAGACUUUAUAAUAAUGUCCUUUCACAUGCCAGUCAUUGUAGUAGAGCCUCGAUGUUUUUACGCGUUCUUUCGCUGGUCACGUGCUCCACGGAACAGCACCCCUCUGCUCUGCUCUGCUCUGGACGGAUGGGCUGAUGUUCUCAAGCUCCCGCCAACGGAAGAUCAAGCCAUGCCGGUGCUCUUCCCGGGCCGCGGUUCCAUGCAGCUCUCGCAGAUCUUGACACAGGAGCUCUCAACAUCCACAUAUGAUCGAGAAAGGGACAGCGCUUAA